CUGAAGAUAGCCGAGCACGCUGAGUGGUAAAUCAAUCAUGGAAGAUCAUACCAAGCACAAACUAAAAUACAUAUUUUCCAUAACUUGAAAUGUCGCUAACUAUUAUAUACAGGAAUCAAGCAGAGUUAAACGCUUAUCAUUAACCAUUUGGGCAUCGUUUUAUCACGAAAAGGAAGCGUGCGGUGGUCAGUGAAUUGUAGCUAAGAAAACUCCAUCGAUUGUUAGCUAGCUAGCGUGCUUGUUAACGGUAAAGCAGAAAGCACACAAUUCUUCAUGGAUUGCUCGUAAACUUUUUGAUAUUUUUUUUGUAACAGGAAUGUGUUUGAAAAUGACAAUCCUUUUUAUUUUAACUUGCUAGCUAGCUAUAACGUUCCACCUGAAAAAUGUCAAAAUUGUAUGAACAUGCAUGUUGACAACGACGCUAUAACGACGUUAUAAACAUCUGGAAAGGCUCAAGCCUUGAAUAUGUUGGGUUGCUAACGUUACAUUAUUGCGUCACGAAAGCCAUCAGAUGGGGAAUAUAUUACACUCGAUUUCUCGAGUUACUGUGGCUUUGUCAUAGGAGCUUGCGCCAUUGUCCUUGGAGACGGCACCGCAGAAAUGUGGGUAGCUUGCUAAAAAAUACAGUAUUAGGACCUAUGAGGGGGGCAAUCUUGGCAACAUCACUCGGCACGGUCACUACCAAAGUCUCCCGAAACGGAAGAAGUGACAGGAUGAACAACAUCAACAAAAGCAGACCCUCCAGCUCCGCCAGUUUCUCCUCUACCUCAACAGCGAGAAGCGGUGCUGAUGACGUAAUGAGGCCCUUAUAUCCUCCAGCAGAGUGAUGUGUCACGGACUGUAUCCCAGACACCAGAAGUAUGAGAUUUACUGCUCAGAGGGAGAGCGAGAUGCCCUUGAUGAUGACAGCACCAGCCUCAGGCAGCAGAAGCUGGAAAAGCAGAGGCUGCUGUUGGAGCAGAAGCAGCGGCGGAAGCGGCAGGAGCCUCUGAUGGUGCAGCCCAACCCAGAGGCCCGGCCCAGGCGCUCCAGACCCCGGCGUAGUGAGGAGCAGGCCCCGCUGGUGGAGUCACGCCUCAGCAUCACCAGCGAUGUCAUCAUGGACGGUAUCGACGGCCCUGCUGCCUUCAUGGGCUCUGAGGCUCCAGACCUGGGUACCAAGAUCCAGAUUCUGUCGGUGAGCAAGUCCCAGCCCCUGUCCCUGUCCCAGCCGCUGCACCAGUCUCCCCUCGCCGAGGAGCCUGACCGGGACGGGGACACGGAGACUCUGCUGGAGCCCAAGACAGACAUCCACGAGCUGCUGCAGAAACGAGAGGCGUGGGACAUCUCUCUCAGCCCCUCCCCCUCUCUGAUUGACCCCGCCAACGACAGGGUGGUCCAGUUGGUUGGUGCAGUGGAGGAGGGCCCAGAGGAGGGGCCAGAGCGCCCACUGUCUGCCAGGGAGAAACUACUCCAGUCAGGUCUGUCAGGCAGUAUGAACUACGAAGAGGCCAGUGAGGAUGAAGAACACGGUGAUGAAGAACGGCCACGCUCGCUGUCCCCCAACCCAGAGUCAACCCGGCCUGCGUCUGCCUCCAGCACAAAGUCCAACACAGAGUGCGUGACACCGGGGUCGCCCACGACGGAGAGCGCUCUGAUCGAAGUGGACAACCUGGAGGAGUUUGUGGUGCGUCCUGCCCUCCGCGGCGUCACCGUCAAGUGCCGCAUAUCCCGGGACAAGAAGGGAAUGGACCGCGGCCUGUACCCCACCUACUUUAUGCACAUGGAGAGAGAGGACGGCAGGAAGCUGUUUCUUCUGGCUGGGAGGAAGAGGAAAAAGAGCAAGACGUCCAACUACCUGAUCUCAGUGGACGCCACGGACCUGUCACGCGAGGGAGAGAGCUUCAUGGGGAAACUGAGGUCUAACCUGAUGGGGACCAAGUUCACGGUGUAUGACCAAGGCACCAACCCCUGUAAGAACCCUGGAGCUCUGCUGGAGGAGAGCAACACACGACAGGAACUCGCAGCCAUCUGCUAUGAGACCAAUGUUCUGGGGUUCAAAGGUCCCCGCAAGAUGACCGUCAUCAUCCCAGGCAUGAACAUGAACUUUGAGAGGGUCCCCGUCCGUCCAAACAGUGAGCAGGACAGCCUUCUAAGUAAGUGGCAGAACCAUUCACUGGAGAACCUGAUCGAGCUGCACAACAAGGCCCCCGUGUGGAACGACGACACCCAGUCCUACGUGCUCAAUUUCCACGGCCGCGUCACACAGGCCUCCGUCAAGAACUUUCAGAUCGUCCACGACAACGAUCCGGACUACAUCGUAAUGCAGUUUGGCAGAGUGGCCGAGGACGUAUUCACCUUAGACUACAACUACCCCAUGUGUGCCCUGCAAGCCUUCGCCAUUGGCCUGUCCAGUUUCGACAGCAAACUGGCCUGCGAGUGACCAACCCCAUCACGACUCCUAACUCAGCAUUCCCUCCAUGACCUUUUCAACCCACUCCCUCCCCCUCCAGGACAACGCCAACUCCACAAAACCGCCCCUCCACCUCCCCCUCACAGGAUUCAGCGCCUUCCUUGUACAGUCAGCAGUCAGCUCACCAGCAGUCUGCCACUAUGAAAAUAAUCAUGAACUAUGACCUCUCACCCCUAUGUGGUACAUCCAAUCAUGGCACACAAAUCACGCUGACCUGGAGAGCGGAUGAAGAGAGUGGGUGUGUGAAAGAGGACAAAAGCAAGUAGAUUUGGGUGGAGGAUAUAGGAUUUUCCUUAUCGGCAGAAAAAUGAAAUUACCGUCCACAAAGGGAAACUUGUCAAAUCAUCAAGGCGCCUUUGUUUUUAUUUGUAUUUAUCUGUAGUUCUGUUUCAUUGAGUUUGUAUUGCUUUUUGUUGCUUUAGCUGUUGUAUAUUGGUGAUUUUAUGUGUAUUGAAAUUGAUUGAAAGGGAAAAAGGACACCAAGCAUCAUAGACCAAACUGUCGUGGGCACUCCCUGUUAGGGACAGGACUUCUAACACAGACUAGACCAGGUCACAGGAGAUGGUGUCUUUGAUUUAUAUCAGAUUUCAUUGUUUUAUAGGCCUCAAAAACAUGUCUGAUGAACUUAUGAGUUUGUUCAUUUUUAGCAGAUGUUUUUAAAGUUGCCUUUAAUGUUGAUUCCAAGUGUCAUUUUACUCCAUUUUACAUUCUGUUGCCUUCCACAAUCACUGUUGUGCGAUUCUUUUGACCAACUCUGGAAACGUUAUGGUCUAUAUCCUAAAAUUCACCUCACUGUCUUCAAAUGAUCACGUGGCUUUGGUUUCCAGCCAUUUUGCAGCAUCAAGAUGUUCAAUAAUUCUAACGUUAAACUAUUUCAACCCUUUUUUAUUUUCUUCCUCUUGAAGAUGAAUUUCUCAUCACAUUUAUUUGCCUGCAUAUCAGAAAGUCUUGAAGUCAUGCAUGUCCAUCCAAUGUGUCCUCAUCUGUUUUCUUGUUUUAAAAACACACUUUUACUAACGUAUCUCAGUAGCAUUCUGAGGAGUUUGGAACAGAACAUUUCUUACUGCAAUUUAUUUGUACAUGUCAUUUUGUGAUGUCUUAGCCCCAUGUCAAGUUAAAACCUCAAUGGAAAGUCAAUAGAGUUGCCCAGCAAGCACGAUUAAAGGUGCUUGCUAUAUAAGAUAUGUCUUAAUGUUUGGACAUACUGCUCAUUUUAAAAUAUCAUGAAAUGUCAGCAUAAAUGUUAUUUCAAUGUGUGGAAUACAAAAGUUAGCCUGGAAUCCAAACAAUAGAGGAAUAUUCCGUUUUGAUUCCAAGUGACAACGGUCGCCCUGUACUCAGUCUACAUUAUAUGCCAAACUUAUCUACCCGUUUAAAAUGACACCAGAUUGAAUAAUAACACUACAUUUUAUAUGUACUGUAACUGGAAGUGUUACUCUGUUCAGUAGACUACACUUGUACUGUACCAUGAAGUCAUUGAGAACCCACUGGGCAAGAACUGGUUGAAUCCACGAUGUUUCUACGUCAUUUCAACCCCAAAAUUUGAGGCGAUGACUUUGAAUCAACGUAGAACACUGAUUGGAUUUGCAAAAAGGAAUUGCGUCUUUUUUUUAACCCAACUUUUAAAUCCAAUGACUGGGUCAAAUGUUUGGUUGAUUUCACGUUGAAUUCACAACUCAACCAAAUGUAAAUCAAAACUAGAUGUUGAACUGACGUCUGUGCCCAGUGGGAAAUUACUUUUGGGGCGACAUUUAAGGUGCAAAAUAGUUAAAAUCUGUGCAAAAAUAUAUAAAAAGGUGACCAUAAAAAGUUAUUUAAGUAGAGUUUUUAGUACACUGAAAAAUGCAUAAAUAGUGGCCUUUUUUACAACGCUCGUUGCUGAAGAAAAGUUUAAAAUUACAUCACAAUGCCAAAUUAUUACUUUUACGGUAUUUUUUUGCACAGGUUUGAACUAUUUUGCACCGUGAAAAGUCACCCUUGAUUAAAGUUUCAGCUGGAUGGAUGUGCUAUAGAGAUGAUUCUGUCCAGUAGUGUGAUUCUUGUUCUUGGAGGAUUAGGAACAUUCCUGGGUAACCUGCAGGAUGCAUUUGAUUCCUGUCCAAACAAGACAAACAAGACACUGAUUAUGUGUGACAGUGUUGGGAAACAAAGUUAAUUCACACGAUGUACUGUUAGAAAGAGGGAAAGGUUUUGUUUGUACAAAAUAUAUAAAAGAGAGAAAUAUACAGUUUUACUACAAGAUACUUAUGGGGAAUUGCAUUCCAUUCAUAACUUAACUUUCUGAAAUUUUUUUGGGAAUUGAAUUUCAGAAAUAUCACUGUAAAUAGAAUAAAUGAAGAUAUUGUAAAGUGAACAAGACUCCCCUUGUAAGUUUAAGUAAUGAAUGUAUUCAGUAAAAAACAUUUAUUUGCCCCCUUUCUAAUUCUCUACUUUUGCAUAUUUUUGAUACUAAAUGUUCUUCAACCAAAACCUAAUAUUAGAUAAAGGGAACCUGAGUGAACAAAUAACACAAUUACAUACUUAUCUAAUUUAUUUAAUAAACAAAGUUAUGCAACACCCAAUGCCCCUGUGGGAAAAAGUAAGUGCCCCCUUAAGCUCAAUUACUGGUUGUGCCAGUUAGCUGCAAUGACUCCAACCAAACGCUUCCUGUAGUUGUUGAUCAGUCUCUCACGUCACUGUGGAGGAAUUUUGGCCCACUCUUCCAUGCAGAACUGCCUUAACUCUGACAAUUGAGAUUAGGUCAGGACUUUGACUAGGCCAUUCCAAAACUUCAAAUUUGUUGCCUUUUAGAAAUGUAUUUUAGCUUUUUAUCUAAUAUUGGGUUUUGGUUGAAGAUCUGAUAACAUUCAGUAUCAAAAAUAGAAAGGCGGCAAAAACUUUUUCACAGCACUGUACUGUAUAAACUUUCAUUCAUAGGCUAGGUUGUAGCAACCUCAUGAUGGGUAUAGGGAAAAUGUGAGUAUCAUGUAGUAGCCUAAACCUAUCAAUGUUAAAUUAAACUGGAUGAAUGGAAUAUGAAUGACAGUCAUCCAAUAUUCUGUAAUAGAAAUAAGGCCAUGCCCAUUAAAAAAAAAUUGUCCUCCCUAAUCAUAAACGGAACCGACUGCCCCUGAUGUAUUCAGUAAACCCAUUUAUUUUCAAUAACAUAACGACUUUACAGUUGAUUAAGAACCUUUUUGAAAGCAACAUCUAGAACUUAUAAUUUCUUCUUUCUACAUUACCAAGUGUUACAAUUGCUUCGAUUAUUAAAACAUUUAGAACAUACAUCAAA